CAGGACGUCCUCAGAAGUUAAGCAAAGCCCUCCUCCUCCGGGCCCCCCAUCCCAAUUUCUGCAGGGAGCUCUGCCGGGAAUUCAGAGCCUACCCGGCGCGGACCCGGAAGCUGGGAGGCGGCGGGGCCGGUGCGUGCCGCAGAGGACGAGGUUUCAAGAUGCUGCGAGGACAUAGGACCAAAGUGGGCAGGCUGGGGCUCAGCCUCUCCAAAGGGGUUCACCACCGAGCUGUGAUGGCCCUGAGGAGGGAGGAUGUGAACGCCUGGGAGAGGAGGGCCCCUCUGGCUCCCCGGCACAUCAAAGGGAUCACCAACCUGGGAUACAAGGUCUUAAUACAGCCUUCCAAUCGGCGGGCCAUUCAUGAUAAGGAAUAUGUCAAAGCUGGUGGCAUUCUUCAAGAGGAUAUUUCUGAAGCUUGUCUAAUUUUGGGUGUUAAAAGACCCCCAGAGGAAAAGUUAAUGUCCAAGAAGACUUACGCAUUUUUCUCACACACAAUAAAGGCUCAGGCAGCCAAUAUGGGCUUGUUGGAUGAGAUUCUAAAACAGGAAAUCCGACUUAUUGAUUAUGAGAAAAUGGUGGAUCAUAGAGGAGUACGGGUAGUGGCAUUUGGACAGUGGGCAGGUGUGGCAGGAAUGAUCAACAUUUUACAUGGAAUGGGUUUAAGGCUCCUUGCUUUGGGACAUCACACACCUUUUAUGCACAUUGGCAUGGCUCACAACUAUAGGAACAGCAGUCAGGCUGUUCAAGCUGUCCGCGAUGCUGGUUAUGAAGUAUCUCUGGGUUUGAUGCCAAAGUCAAUAGGUCCCUUAACGUUUGUGUUUACAGGGACUGGUAAUGUAUCUAAGGGAGCCCAGGAAAUCUUCAAUGAAUUACCUUGUGAAUAUGUGGAGCCACAUGAAUUAAAAGAAGUUUCCCAAGCUGGAGACUUGAGAAAAGUAUAUGGGACGGUGUUAAGUCGCCAUCAUCAUCUUGUCAGGAAAGCAGAUGGUGUAUAUGAUCCUGUAGAGUAUGACAAAUAUCCUGAGCGCUACAUAAGUCGUUUUAAUACUGAUAUUGCACCCUAUACAACUUGUUUAAUUAAUGGAAUCUACUGGGAACAAAACACCCCCCGUCUACUAACUCGCCAAGAUGCUCAGAGUCUCCUGGCUCCAGGCAAGUCCUCGGUUGCUGGUGUUGAAGGCUGCCCUGCGUUGCCACACAAGCUUGUGGCAAUAUGUGACAUCUCAGCUGACACAGGAGGAUCCAUAGAGUUUAUGACUGAGUGUACAACAAUAGAGCGUCCCUUUUGCAUGUAUGAUGCAGACCAACAUAUUAUUCAUGACAGUGUUGAAGGGUCUGGGAUCCUGAUGUGUUCCAUUGACAAUCUGCCGGCACAGCUCCCAAUUGAAGCUACAGAAUACUUUGGAGACAUGCUUUUCCCUUACGUGGAAGAAAUGAUAUUGUCAGAUGCAACUCAGCCUCUUGAAAGUCAGAAUUUUUCUCCUGUGGUGCGAGAUGCAGUGAUUACAUCCAAUGGUAUGUUGCCUGAUAAGUAUAAAUAUAUCCAGAAACUCCGAGAGAGCAGGGAACAUGCUCAGUCACUUUCAAUGGGCACCAAGAAAAAGGUCUUGGUUCUUGGAACUGGUUAUGUAUCUGAGCCUGUAUUGGAAUACCUGUCGAGAGAUGACAAUAUAGAAGUAACAGUAGGCUCUGACCUGAAGAAUCAAAUUGAGCAGUUAGGCAAGAAAUAUAAAAUUAAUUCUGUCAUCAUGGACAUUGGUAAACAAGAGAAGGAGUUGGGCUCCUUGGUGGCAACGCAGGAUCUUGUCAUUAGCUUGCUGCCGUAUGUAUUGCACCCCCUUGUGGCCAAGGCCUGCAUCACAAGCAAAGUUAACAUGAUCACUGCAAGUUACAUCACUCCAGCAUUAAAAGACUUGCAAAAGAGUGUGGAAGAUGCUGGCAUCACAGUCAUUGGUGAAUUGGGGUUGGACCCUGGUCUCGAUCAUAUGUUGGCAAAGGAAACAAUAGAUAAGGCCAGAGAAGUGGGAGCCACGAUUGAAUCUUAUAUUUCCUACUGUGGUGGGCUUCCAGCCCCUGAAUAUUCAGACAAUCCUUUGAGAUACAAAUUUAGCUGGAGUCCAGUGGGCGUCCUGAUGAACGUAAUGCAGCCUGCCACCUAUCUGCUCAAUGGAAAGGUCGUGAAUACUGCCGGUGGGGUCUCCUUUCUUGAUGCUGUUACUCCCAUGGAUUACUUCCCGGGAUUGAAUUUGGAGGGCUACCCUAACAGAGACAGUACAAGAUACGCUGAGAUUUAUGGCAUUCCGUCUGCUCACACUUUGUUGCGGGGGACACUGAGAUACAAGGGAUAUGCAAAAGCCUUGAAUGGAUUUGUAAAAUUGGGUCUUAUUAACAGAGAUGCAUUUCCUGCCCUUCAACCUGAGGCCAGCUCUCUCACCUGGAAAGAACUCCUCUGUGGUCUAGUUGGCAUUUCACCCUCCUCCAAGCACAAUGUGCUCAAGGAAGCUGUCCUUAAGAAACUAGGAGGUGACAAUACCCAGCUGGAGGCUGCUGAAUGGUUGGGCUUGCUUGGUGAUGAACAAGUCCCUCGGGCAGGGUCUAUAGUGGAUGCACUCUCCAAGCAUUUGGCCAUGAAACUCUCCUAUGGCCCUGGAGAGAAAGAUAUGAUUGUGAUGAGAGACAGCUUUGGAAUCAGGCAUCCUUCUGGACAUUUAGAAAAUAAAACGAUUGAUCUUGUGGUUUAUGGGGAUGUCAAUGGCUUUUCAGCUAUGGCUAAAACCGUGGGGUUACCCACCGCUAUGGCAGCCAGGAUGUUGCUCGAUGGUGAAAUUCAAGCUAAAGGCCUGAUGGGGCCCUUUUCAAAAGAGAUCUAUGGACCAAUAUUGGAGCGAAUUAAAGCGGAAGGCAUUACAUAUACUACGAAGAGCACUGUCACAUCAUAAUUGAGAAUUGUAUUUUGUUCUUAUCUUCCUGGGCAAUGCAGCUCUGGACAUUUGUGCAACAAACAUGCUUGCUAAUGUGCUGUUUUAAAUUAUAAACCAUGACGUGUUUUUAAUCAGUCAAUAUAAUGGUGUUUUUGAAAUAUAAACCUCUAUUUUAAUAUGAAAACAUUUGGAACAGGAGAUGCCAGUGAUUACCAGAGAACUUUAAUAAUUCUACAUAUAUUUUUUUCAUGUGUAUGUAAAGAGUGAUAAUGAUUGUGCUAUUUGUUAAUUUAUUGUACAACCUUUUUCUUACAAAAAUAUAUUUUCCUAUGAUCAGGAGAUCGUUUGAUCUAAAUUUUUUUCUAAGAAGAAAUUUCCUCAUGUGGCUAUAUUUUUGUACUUCUCAAAUUGAUUCAUUUAGAUACUUUUAGAUCACCUAUCUAUAAACCUUUGCAGUAAUGCCAUUUUAUGCCUUUUUUGUAAAAUUAUGACUUAUUUAGUAAAUUACAUUUCUUAUAGUUUUCUCUUGAGUGUUUGCAAAAGGGAAUAGGUAAAAUUAAAUAAAAACCCAUAUGAUUACCUCAACAGGCACAGAAAAAACAUUUAACAAAUUUCAAAAUCUUUCAUGAAAAAACCUCAAUAAACUAGGAAUAAAAUAGAACUUCUUCAAUCCAAUAUAGAGCAUCUGUGAAAAACCUGUAACUAGCCUCAUACUUAAUGAUGAAAGACUGAAAGGUUUUACCCCUAAAAUAUACACAAGACAAGGAUGUCUGCUUUUGCUACUUCAACUUGUACUGGAAAGUCUAGCCUGAGUGAUUAGGCUAUAAAAUGAAAUAAAAGACACUCAGAUUGGAAAGGAGGAAGUAAGCUCUCUCUCUUCAUUGAUGGUAUGAUUUCACAUAUCAAAGUACAAAAAUGCUCUAAGAAAACAUUAGAAAUAACACAUAUUAAAAUAGAGAUUUAUAUUUCAAAUCAAAAUCAAGUUUGCUAUCUUAAUCUAAGAAAACAAAUUUGUAAUAAUGUAAAAAAGAAUAAAAUAGGAAUAGGUUGAAAACAGAAAUAAUCCUCACAUUUAUGGUUAACUGAAUUUUGAACAGGGCGUUAAAACAAUUCAGUGGAAGAAAAUGAUCUUCAUGAUGGUGCUGGAACAACAGGAUAUCUACAUGCAAAAGAAUUGCCGGAUCCCAACUUCACAGCACAUAUAAAAAUUAAAUCAAAAUGAACCAAAGACCUAAAUUUAAGAGCAAACCUGAUAAAGUUUUUAGAAGAAAUCAUAAGCAUACAUUUUGAAAAUCUUGGAUAAGGCAAUGAUUUCAAAUGAAACCAGAAGUUACUAAGCAACAAAAAGAAAAAAAAAACC